AUGUUAUCAUUCUUACAACGAGCAAUUAGUUCUGGUGAUAUUAAACCAAUUAGUUAUAAAUCAUUUACUUAUAUUCAUAAAAUUUCUACAAAACCUUCUCAUGAGAUAACCAAAGUAUGGAAUGAUAAAACUAAAAGUUUUACUAUAUUAAAGAGGAUUUCUAAUGUCCACUAUUAUUCAGAAAAUGUGAAUGAUAAAAACUAUACGAAAUUUGUUAAAGAGUACAUAAAAUUGAACUCUGAAUUUUCUCAUAACAAUGUUAUUCGAUUUUUGGGGUCAUGUCAAGAUUCUUUGAAAAAUUUUUACAUAGUAUUGGCAUAUUGUAAUCAAGGAAAUCUUAGAGAAUACCUUUUUGAUAACUUUCAAUCGCUUGAAUGGCCUGUAAAAAUGUUGAUGGCCAGGCAGAUAGCAAACGGACUUGGUUAUAUUCAUGAUCAUAAUAUUAUUCAUAAGCGCAGAAGAGAAUUACCAAUUCCUGAUACACCUGCAGAAUAUCAAGUACUUUACGAAAAAGCUUGGAGUGAUUCUCCUUUAGAUCGCCCUUCAGUUAGUUAUAUUAAAUCGUCACUAGAUAAGAUGAUAAGUUCAUACUAUCCACCAAAAAAGCAUGGUUCAUUUAGUACGGUAGAUAGUGGAUAUAGUUCUGGUAGACAAUCUACAGCAAGUUCGCAAAGUAUCUCACAACCUAUUAUAAAUAUACAAAAUACCGAAUCAAAUAAGUCACAAACAUCAUAUGGUUUAAAUCUUUAUUCUGAAUCACCUCCCAAGCAACCUGCGCCUAUAAAUUUACAAAUGAAAUCAAAUUCCCCUGCCCAAAUAUCUUUACUACAAACAGAUAAACAAAUUUUAAUUGAUCGUUUUAAACUUGAUUAUGGGUAUUACUAUAAAGAUAAAUGUUUUGAGUCAACGGAAAGAAUGUUUAAAAGUGAUGAUUGUAAUUUUGAAUAUCCUAUAGAAAAUAAUUUACCUUUAGUCUACAUGUAUGACAAUAAUCUUAACAAAGCAACAGAAUCUAAUCUUGCAAAAAUUUCUCAUAAUGGAACUCUUGCUCCAUAUAUUACCUCUUUAGUCCAAAGUGCAAUUGAUAACCCGCAAAAUCCUCAAAAAAUGACUAAACUUAAAAAGUUAUGCAAACAAUUUUUAGUAUUAGAUGCUACACUAGGAGGGUCUAUUAUAAUUAGAGAUUUUGAUAUAAAUAAUUCUAGUAAUUUUAAAGAUUUGGAAAAUAUUAAAGCUCAAAUUUCAUGGACAAUAGAUUCAGCGCAAUGGUCAUGUCCAAAUCCUUUUAAAAUUUCAACUUCUAGAAAUUUUAAUUUUAAAAUUGAAGAUGCAAAUGGAACUUAUAUCAAUGAUCUUGAUGAAUUGGAAUUUUUCUUAAAAAGAGUGUUUAGUUUCGAAUAUGUCAAGAUCAUUUCCUAUGAUAAAGUUGUGCCGCUUUUCAAUCAAUUUAGUCAACAAAUGAAAGUAAAGCUGAAACCUGUUUUUAAUUUACACAAUAUUAAUUAUGAUCAGUUUAGCAAACAACUAAUCGAUAAAGUUCCUGAAACUCAUCAAUGUCUAAAGAUAAAUAAUUGGGUCUCUAAUAAUAAUAUUUUAAAUCUUCCAAUUUUGUUUAGUAAUUGCUCUUUAAAUUAUGGAUUAUCUUUUAAUUCUACUAGAAUUAUUAUUGGAAAAAGACCUUCUUUUCAAUUUAAAUCAGAACCUUCUAUCGUUCAACAAAUAUCAAAAGUUGUUAGAUUUGUUCCUUUGGAUUCUAAACGUAAUUCAUUCUUACUAGAAGGAAAUUGUUCGACUGAUGGAAGAUUGGAAAGUCUUUUCUCAAAGAAUCCUUUUAUAACCAAUCCUUUAUUAAAGAAUGAUUCAUUAGUGAAUGAUAUGCAUUUUUAUAUUGAAGAUAAGCAA